UUUCUAAAUGAUGAGAGUUUGGUGCUUGCUCUUGUCCAGAAUGGUGUGAUUAUUCAUGGCACGUUAAUUUCUGUUUUGUCUCUUUCUACUCCUGCACGGAGAGUGAUUAUUUCAAAUGCUCCCCCGUUUCUAAAAAAUGAUAUUCUUAUUAAAGAACUUGAAAGAUAUGGGCAGAUCAGAUCAAAAGUUUCAAUGAUUCCCUUGGGCUGUCGAUCACCCGACUUAAAGCAUGUCGUCUCUUUCAGGAGACAAGUUCACGUGAUUUUAAAUGAUUUACAGGGUGAACUCGAUGUGGCUCUCAAAUUCAGAGUGGAUGGGUUUGAUUAUGUGGUGUUUGUAUCAUCAGAGUCCAUGAAAUGUUUAAGUGCGGACAAGUGGGGCACAAGGCUAACCAGUGUGAGCGCUCUGAGGUAACAGCAGACUCAGAAGUGCCUGGAGUUUCUAAAAGUACUCGUGAGGACUACUCGAUAUUAUAUGAUGAUGAAGGCAGUGAGUCUUCCGUCAGUUUUUCUGAUGUGGAGGAGGAUUUAAUGGAGGGUCCUGGUCAGAGUGUUCAGGAUCAGAGCAGUUCUUUAUCUGCUAUGAUGGCCCAGCCGGCACCUGAACGUGCAGCUGAGCCGGCGGCUGUGGCUGAGCCCGAGCCCGCAAUUACAGACGUGCAGAGUGGUGAGAGCGCCCCAGAGAAGGACUCUAUGGACGAUUUUACUGUUAAUUCUGCACACACGAGUGACAGCGCUGAGCAGCCUGUGAGUGUGGCUGCCGUACAUGAUAACGGGGCUCUGCCCAGCGCUGAGGUCAUAGAAACAGAAUCCAUACAACAGAUACGAGGGGUUGAGGAGAAUGUUAGGGCUGAAGGUGCGAUCGAUAAGAUGAGCACUCCAGCGGAUAACAGCGAGAGUGCUGUUCAAGAAAUGGAGGAUGAGACAGAGCGGGUAAAGCCCGUGACAAGAAAAAGGAAAGACGUGUCCGCAUAUAGCGGAGCUGCUGUUAAUCACAAUAAAAUUGAGAGCUCAGUCUCCGCAGCUGUCGACUCUGUGAAUGUUCAGGAUGAGCCUGAGGUGCCUGCAGACACGGGUACAACGAGUCAGGAUGACGGCGGUGGCUCGGGGACAUCAGUGAGGUCCAGUCUGUCACCUCAGCUGAGCUUCCCGUGGUGGCUACAGUAACAACAGCAUAAUCCGCUUUGUGAAAUGUAUUGAGGGCAAGAGGGGUGUGAAUGUUAGUCACCA